AUGAUGAGGUCCUUCUGGCUCCUUCUUCCCGUUCUCCUUCUUCUUCUCGGAGCACUUGCUGACAUUGAUAACACCGAGAAGGCGCGUCUGUCCAGAGGGACCAAGUACAGGUGGGCAGGUAUUGGCACCGUCCAUCCGGUCACUUCUUCUUCCAGUGCUUCCUACCGCACCACCGAAUACACCCGAUCCGCCAGGUCUUACGUGUUCAGAAGUGCGGUCAGGGCGAACGUCAUCAAGAAUCCCUCUUUGCCUAUCAAGUACAUUCCUCCUACCGUAUAACCUCCCACCAACUUCAUCUUCAGAUACAACGACGUCAACUACUACUGGUACGGUAGAUAUUCGUACGACGCGAGUCGGCCGCAGAAGUGCGAGUACGUCUUCGAUGAGGCCGAUCUGACAGCUCUGAACGCGACGUUGCCGGACGGAUCUAAGCCUCCGUCCAUCCAGUACGGCUGUCUUUCGUUCGAGGAGUGCUGCGGAAUGGAGUGCUGCGGGGACAGUCGCACUUCCACCCUCUUCAUCUUGUAAUUCACUUUUGUUUCAGCUUUUGUAGUUUUCGUUUGUUUUUCAGGGGACUGAUCUGCAUUCUGAUGGCCAUCUUUCUGGCUUACAACAAGUACAGAGCAAUUGUGGCCCGUCGCGACCCAGAUCAGAUUCCGAUCGUCAGAAAGAACCCGGAAGUGCAGGUCACUCCAGUCUGA